UAAUUUUGAACCCCUUUGUUUUUCUUAGAUAUUAUCAGCAGCUUAUUCACGCACUCCUCUGCUCUUCUUUCCCCCUCCUCUCCCUCCCUUCUCCAAGCUAGCAGACUGGCCGCUCUAGAGACACUUCACUGUCCACUAUUGACUCUUUCCUGUAAGGCCCAGAGAUUCAGGGAAGCAGCGUUGAGAGAGCAGGAGCCAGCAGCACUGAAAGCUGUGCACUGCAAGUGCUGGGUGCAACUUCCGGAGUUAUUAUCUCAGAAUGAGUGAAAAGGAUGGCAACGCAGACAGCUUGUUUCUUAAAGAUGAUACUGCCAAAGGUGAAAAAUCAGAAGUCCGUGUACACAGCUGGCAACAUGCAAUACAGAAGAAGGCCUCGCGAGCUGGGAAGCAAAUGCAUAAAGUGACAGUGGGAAGCAUCCGUGGUUUCCUCUACCGGAAUGCCUUUGUAAUACUCACCGUCAUAUCCGUAGUGCUGGGCAUUGGGUUGGCAUUUGCCUUGAGGCCCUAUAAGAUGUCCUAUCGUCAGGUCAAAUAUUUUUCCUUUCCUGGAGAGCUGUUAAUGAGGAUGCUGCAGAUGCUAGUGCUGCCUCUAAUAGUGUCCAGUUUGGUGACCGGGAUGGCAUCUCUGGAUAGCAAAGCUUCAGGCAAGAUGGGCAUGCGGGCUGUAGUGUAUUACACUGUAACUACAUUCAUUGCUGUGUUUAUCGGAAUUGUUAUGGUGAUGAUCAUUCAUCCUGGCAAAGGCUCAAAGGAAGAUAUGAAAUCCCAUGGGAAAAUUGAAAGGGUGCAAGCUACAGAUGCCUUCUUGGAUCUAAUCAGGAAUAUGUUCCCUCCUAAUCUGGUAGAAGCCUGCUUCAAACAGUACAAAACACAGUACAGCACAAGGGUUUACAAAGUUCCUGUCCCAUCUGAUGCCAACAUGACAGCAGUGACAGAGCAGACCUCAGAAGCUAUUAACAUCAGUGGAAUUGUAGACAAUGUGACCCGUGCCAUUGGACAACUGCAGCAGAUGAUAGACCUGGAAGAGGUAGUGCCUGUGGCAGGCACAUCAAAUGGAGUAAAUGCCUUGGGUUUGGUGGUCUUCUCCAUGUGCUUUGGACUUGUAAUUGGAAACAUGAAGGAAAAAGGAAGGGCUCUCAAGGAGUUCUUUGAUUGCCUUAAUGAGGCUAUUAUGAGGCUGGUGGCAAUUAUCAUAUGGUAUGCUCCAAUUGGUAUCAUGUUCUUGAUCUCAGGAAAGAUCCUGGAAAUGGAUGAUUUGCUGGUUAUGGGAGGACAGCUAGGCAUGUACACCAUAACUGUUAUAAUAGGACUUCUCAUACAUGCUUUGAUUGUACUCCCAUUGUUGUUCUUAAUUGUUACUCGAAGGAACCCAUGGCCAUUCAUUGGUGGCCUUCUUCAAGCUCUCGUCACUGCCCUGGGGACAUCAUCAAGCUCUGCUACUCUGCCCAUCACUUUCAGAUGUUUGGAGGAGAACAACGGUGUGGACAAGCGUGUUACUCGAUUUGUACUGCCAGUGGGUGCAACCAUUAAUAUGGAUGGCACCGCCCUGUAUGAGGCACUAGCUGCUAUAUUUAUUGCACAAGUAAAUAAUUAUGAACUGAACUUUGGGCAGAUAAUCACAAUCAGCAUCACAGCUACUGCUGCCAGCAUAGGAGCAGCGGGUAUCCCUCAGGCUGGCCUGGUUACUAUGGUUAUUGUGUUGACAUCGGUGGGACUUCCCACAGAGGAUAUAACGCUCAUUAUCGCUGUGGACUGGUUCCUGGAUCGCCUCCGAACAACCACCAAUGUCUUAGGAGAUUCUUUAGGAGCUGGCAUUGUUGAACAUCUUUCUAGACAUGAACUGCAAAAACAAGAUGCUGAGCUAGGAAACUCUGUUCUAGAGGAGAGUGAAAAAUCCUAUCAACUUAUUUACACAGAGAAUGACAUCCAGAAACACCCCAGCAGUGAAACAUGCAUGUGAAUGGCACAAUUCUGGCCAUCAUGUCAUUCCCAUGCUUCCUAUGUGAACUGGACUUACCUCUAUUCGUAAUUUUUAGUUUCCAUGGACCGCUUUGGAGAAUGUCUUCAUCAAUAUUCUGAAAAUGCCACAGGACACAUCAAUGUAUGAGUGUAUGUGAGGAUCAAGAGGACAGACAAUUUUGUAUGAGGUGUCUUGACACCCCCCACUUUUUUGAUGCCCAGUACCAUAACUGAUAAAAAUCUACAGGCUGAGUUUUGUAACUGGGAUCAUUAAUUAUGGAAGUUUGCAUAAAAAUAGGUGCUUAUAUCAAGGUACUAUUGAAAGCCAUAAUUAAUCGUACUUGAAGAUCUUCAGCCUUAGAGAAGAACAUUCAAUGUUGAUAACUGAUCCUUUGGACAGAAGUUGUGUAUGCCAUCCCUUUCCUUCAUGAACUUAAGAUAUAGCCAUCUCUCUAUAAUUCUUUCUAAAUGACCAAAGGAAUACCACUCAUUGCUAAUUCUUGCAGUAUGUACUAUAGAUGUCAGGUGCUUUUGGGUUCUAAAAUAUUUUAUUCAUAUGGAGGUGGUUUAGUACUUUCCAUUUAUUGAACCAGAUAUUUUUUUUUUCUAGCAACUUCUGGCAUAAACUGAUCCAUUAGCCAAGCCCUCUGUAAGGGUAGGAAUAGAACGAGAUCCUGUUAUACUUGACCUAAACAGAUAUCAUCUGUUGUUUUAGUUACAUAAGCUAAUCACAUAAAAUAUUGGUGAAGUAGAGGGAACUAAAUAAUUCCUGGAGCUGUAGAGGAGAAAAGUCUAACUAUAUGUGAAACCUGUAUAUAUUUUUAAAAUACUAUUUACAAGUAUGAAACCUGUUUUAAGCCAACGUAUAUUUGUUUACUUGUAGGCGUUUUUUUUUUUUAAAGGCAGGAAACCGCAUUUGUAUAAAUAGUAACCUGCAUCAACCAGAUUUCAACUUAUUGGUGUUUUUGUAGGUUUCUGUGCUUUUUUUAUUUUAAAUCCAGCGUAUUUAGGGCAUGUAGUACAUUUUAGUGGUUAAUCAAAAACCUGAUUAAAGUCCUAUCCUUAUACGUAAUAAUCCUUUCCAUGUCAUGGUGCUAGUAAUACUUUUCUCGACAAUGUAUUUACUAUCAUGUUACUUAUUAUAAAUAUGUACUACCUUCCUAUACACAUUUUUAAAAAGUUGGAAUAUAUUUGAAAGAAUUUUAGUGCCCAUCCCUAAACAACCACAAAAUGUUGAAGAUGUAGGAGUUGACAACUUGUUGAUUUAGUAAUGGGUUCUCUAUUGAGUUUUUUUUUUUUUAAAGCUGGUUGUUAACACUUUGUAAUAUUAUCUUCUUUAAUAAAGUUUCCAGAUAUGUUUACGGCGUUACAUACAGACAUUUCCCCAAAAAAAGGAAAAUCAGUAAAAAGGUUGAGAGAAAAAAUGUGAGUCUGUUUAGAAAAUGUGGUUUACAAGAGCUUGUCUGUGUAUAUAUUGCAAAGUAGAGAUGCUGCCAAAAAAAA